UGGUGGUGGGUUUUGCCAUUUUUGGGGGGUUGGCAUUGGGCAUGGGCAGGUGACCGUUCCCUCCGUCGCUUUCGCUCCCAAAAGCGGCGCCUUUUCGUGCCCAUUGGAUUGAUCACUCCUCUUUUAGUUUAGUUUCACCACCCCCUCUAAUCCAAUCUCGUCGAUCACCCACCUGAGAAAGGCUCCUCUAUAGAUUGGCAUCUAAUUAAUGCUACUUUACUACUAACCUUGUCUUCUUCCAAGUUUCUAACCGGCCGGAUCCAUGGGGACCAUCGCCAUUGCCUCCUCCCCCAACUUUCUUUACCUCCGCCACCCUCAUUGGCCCCCUCUGCUGCCGUUGCCGUUGCCUUUGCCGGGUCCUGUUCCUGUUCUUCCCCACGGUGCGCGGGAGCGCGAAGCAGAGAGGGAUAAUGAUUGCAUCCUCUCUUUUUUGCCGUUCUGCCGACCGCCGCGUCCUCUCCGAUUCGAUUGUUGCCUCUGCCGGCUCCGUUCCGCAUCGCCUCGGCUCCGCUCCGCUCCGUCCGUCCCAAUCACGAGAUUUCUACCACUCGUACCUCAAUGUAAUUUUAUUCGUUUUACCGCUGCAUCUUCUUUGAUUCGGUCUGGGUCUUCUCUUUCGUCCGCCCGUUCAGGCAAGAAAAGUUGGUGCCUUUCUUUUGCGCCGCACUCGUCCUGCCGUCGCAACUUCCUUGGCGCGUUUGCAGGAGGGGCGUGCGACCUGAGCUUUCUUGCUGUGCUUUCCUUUUCGUGUGGAUUUUCUUGCUUGGACUCGCACCGCAUGCCUCUGGCUCCGGCACACAGACCUCGGGUGGCGCAGGCGCUCGCUCGGUUUGGGUAGGAAAUCGCCCACCUUUCGCGGCGUGGUUGCGACAUUCGCAAGUUUCGUCCCGGUUUUCGCCGCAUUUGCGUGCUAGUUCCUCCUAGACAAGGCGAGAGAUUACCCGAGCUCGCUUCGUCAAAGCUUUUCCUCCCAGCCUAGUGAAAGAGAGAGCCAGAGAGCGGCAGCAGCUUUCCACGCAGCGCAUCUUUUUAUCUCGUCUCUUGUGGCGGCUCCUGUGGCCUUUUCGGGGCCGGCGGAAUGUGAUGAUGAGUUCUUGUUGAAAUCGAUCUGUUCGCUCAUCAUAGUUCCCUAUCGCCCUCUGUUCUUGUCCUCGGGGAGAAGGUGGGGGAUCGCGCUUCACGUGUUGAUCCCUUCCUCCCGCACUGCCUCGUCGUCGGAUUUCGUGAUGUGAAGGGCGCUUUUUGGACGCAGUUGUUUUUUUGUUCCGUCCAUGGGCGCUUGUCUUGCCCGGAGGAGAGGGUGAAUGAAAGGGGUUCAAGAUAAGAGGCACAAGAAGAAGCAGGACCUGCAGGUUCUGGCGCCCUUCCCAGGAUGCCUGGGGAGGGUGAUCAACAUGUUCGACCUCAGCAAUGGUGUGGCCGCGACCAAGAUGCUCACCGAGAAAGCGCAUAGAGAUGUUUCUGCAGCUGGUAAAGACCGGAUUAACACUUUCAAGAUGGCAAUCAACCCCCCAGCUCAGGUUGAAGAUAAACAACGAGAUAGUCAGGCAAGAAGGAAAUCCCCAACUAAAAGAUCAAACUCGCCUACUAAAAGAUCUGGUGGGACGCCUGUUAAGAUGCUCAUGGAGCAGGACAUGUGGAAAGAAGGGGUGCCUGAUGAGGAGCCACCGAAUGUUGUUGCAAGAUUGAUGGGUCUAAGUGAUGCUCCAGUUCAGCAAUGUGAAUUCAUACCAGGAAGACAAUUGGAUAAGGAAUAUCGGUCUGGCUGGUUUGAAGAGAACAGCCGGAAUCUCAGGCCAAAGAAGGAAAGCAAAGGCCAUCAGUACACAUACAGUGGUGUAAGUGAUCAAGCUUCAAAAAUCAAUAGCAGCAAGAGCAAGCACCAAGGAAAGGAGCCUUGUGAGAAGAGAAUGUCCCUUGUCCGCGAAAAAUUUGCUGAAGCAAAGCGUCUAGCCACAGACGAGAAGCUUCUUCACUCGAAAGAGUUUCAAGAUGCACUGCAGUUUUUAAGCUCGAAUAGUGACCUAUUCUUAGAGUUCCUCGAUGAGCCUAAUCCGCUGAUAUCAAACAAUUCUUAUGAGUUCCAACCUGUUACACCACCUUCUGAAACAAAGCAAAUAACCAUACUGAAGCCAUCAGAAUCAACGAAGAGAAAAGGCAGCAUUCUUGUGGGGAGACAACUAUUUUCAGAUGGAGAUGAAAGUGAACGUAACAGAUACAGGCGCCAUCAGGUCUUAGAUGUUUCCCUGGCAAAUUCAAAUUUGUCGGAACCAACAAGAAUUGUAGUACUGAAGCCAGGACUUGAAAAGUUACAUGAUGCCAGGAUUGCAAGGUCUCCAUUAUCAUCAGCAGAAGACAGUGAAGAUGAUAGUAUGGUGGCAGUUGAUGAAACAGUAUGCUCAAGAAGGUUGGCCAAGGAGAUCACUUGGCAGAUGAGAAUGUGGCUAAAAGACAAGCAAGAGGAAGAAAACAUGCUCUCCGAUGAAUACCCUGAUUUUUACAUUGGAGAUGACUCCUUCAGUAAGUCAGAAGUUGAGAUCGCAAAAGAAAUGUCUGGUGAAACAAGUGAGGAUUUGGAGUUUGGUACUCCUACUUCUGGCCGUUCUUGGGAUUUCCUGAGCCGGAGUGGAAGCCCUUACUCUGCAUCAUGUUCUAGUCAGACAUCCCAUAGACGGGAACCAUCGGUAGUUAGGGAAGGAAAGAAGAAGAUUUUGGAAAGAUGGUCGAUGGUAUCAUCAACCGUCAGUAGUGAGGAAGAAAGGGAAGCCCGUCAAAGUAUGGGCACACUAGGUGAGAUGCUCACCAUUCUGAAUGUUAAGAAGGACCAGGAAGAGGUUGGGGGUGCAACAUUGGAGAGCCGAACGCCUGAGCUGGAAUUUGAAGAGCCUUUCUCAUGUUUACCAAGGUCUCGUUCUCUUCCAAUUUCUUUGUCUUAUGGAGGCAUUGAGUCAAAUGGAAUAGCCUCUAACUGUCAGGAAGCCGACACGAAAAGGAUUAGAAAGUCAUCGUCAUUUAGGGAAAAAGUUUCUAGCCUGUUUUCUAAAAAUAAGAAAUCAGCUCGGGAGAAGGUAGAUCCAUCUGCCAAAGAUAGACUCAAGCGUGGAGGUGCUGUGACUAAUGGUGAUGCGAAGGAGGGCCCUAACCAUCUUGUGCUGGAUGAUCUACAGAAACAAAAUACUUGUCUAAAUGCAGAUGAGAAUUCUAUGCAAAGCCUCAUGGCUAGUUCGUGUCGUGCUAAUGAGACGGCGAACAUCCCUGCCAAGGAUAUUUCUUCCAUGUCAAGUCUUGGCGCCCCAGGAAUUUUUAGUGACCCUCAGGACCAACCAAGUCCUGUAUCUGUACUAGAUGGACCAUUUAUCUGUGAUAACAACAGGAGGCUGCUGUACUCAUCUGAAAAUUGCAUCACUGCAUCCCCACUUAAGCCUGAAGCUUUGUCCAGAUCUCCUCUUAUUGGAUCAUUUUCACGGUCCCUGUCGUGGGAGGAUCCACCGCUAGAAGUCAUGUCCCCAAAUUCUUUGAGACUUUCAAGGCUUUUCUCUAAGGCUGAUGAAGAUCUAGACUCAUUGACAUUUAUCCAAAAGCUGGUCCGCUCUUCUGACAUGGAUAUAGAAGGUUGCAUAUUAGCUCACCCUUUGGACCCAAAGUUGCUUGAAAAGUUUUCAGAUUACCAAGAAGAGGGAAUUAAGUUGAGGGAAAGGCGGUCAAAACAAAGGCUUCUUUUUGAUGCCGUGAAUGAAGCACUCCCCGAGCUUACUGUGAUGGCAGAGUUGGCUGCACACCCAUGGGGUCGGUCGCGCUCUUUGGAGCACAGGGAUUGCAAGAAUGGUUUCGGUAAUAUGGCGGCUGAAGAAAUUUGGCGAGUCAUAAGGAACUGGUCGAUACUAGAAAAAUAUCCUCCUGGCGAAGCUAUUGAAAGAGAUCUCUUAUUGGACAUGAUACUUAAGAGGGAGGUAGCGGAGACAGCCAGUGCUGACACAACGCUGUUGGAGAUAUUUGAACUCAACACCGUGGUUUGUACAAUGGUUUUGGAGGACCUGGUUGAAGAGACACUUGUAGAUCUGACUUAACAACUAGCGAGUGUCUCUAGCUCUGCUGCCUGCCAUCUGCUGGAAAACCUCAAAGUUUGAUGGGAAGCAAGCAGAUGAUCACGGAUGAGAAGGAGAAGAAUAAAUGCGGCGGGAGCAGGAGGAGGAGGUUCGGUUUGAAAUUUGCCCUUCCCCUGCAGCUGAUGCUCCAUGUCAAACUGUAGAUUUGUGACAACAUGGCAUUGGUGUGUGCUUUGCUUGUUGCUUGGUUUGGUAGUUGCUGUGUUGGUUCUUGAGAUUGCAGUGUACAGUGUGAAGUGUGAAGAAACAGGGUUGGAGAAAGAGGCUCAUUCAUUAGGGCACAACGGUCUCUGCUUUUCUACUGGUCCCCUGGCCUGAAAAAAGAGAAAAGGAACUUGCUCUUUUUAUGUGGCAGUGCAGGCAGGCAGGCUGCCCUCUGUCAAUCAAUCUCAUCCCAACAUAGUAUUA